AUGACUCUGUGGCAAGAAGAGAAUGGUACCAUAACGAUCGCAGUGGUCCAAAUUGCUUUUCGAGAACUACGUGCACUACUUAUAAGGUUGCUGAAAAUUCGCCGACAACCCUCGACCGGUUUCGCCCUUCUUGGGGCUCAUCAGGGAACUGCUCACAACGUUGCUGAAAACUCUUCGACAGCCCACGACCGGUUCCGUCCUUCUUGGGUCUCAUCAGGUAGGCGCAGUCCCCGAGUUUCCGUCAACCCAAAAUGGACUGUUUUUGAGGAAUACACUCAUUUGCAAAUCAAUUUGGCUUUCACGAGAGACUCAACUUAA